CUCGCUACCAUAACGCUGCCCCAGCACCCCAACCCGCCGUCCGCAUUGUUACCACGGUCUGCAUUCCCGCGACCAUCGAACGUUGACACCUCCACCCACUCCUGUCAUGGCUACCGCACCCUCGCAAAACUACGACUACCUGCGCCGCAAGCAGAGCACAAAAGCCCCAGGCGCUACGUCCAUCACACCGGUCCGCAAACCCAUACGCACACCCAGCGAACGCAACAGCAAUGGCACAGUCAGCUCAUACGGGACCUCGCAGACAAAUAACACCACUGUCACCGAGCCGCCGAGCUUCUCGAAAAAGCUGGUCGUUGUUGGCGACGGCGGCUGCGGAAAGACAUGUCUGUUGAUCAGCUACAGCUCCGGCAACUUCCCAGAGAAAUAUGUGCCGACGGUAUUCGAGAACUACAUCACCCAGACACCGCAUCUGCCAACGGGCAAGAUGGUCGAGCUCGCUUUGUGGGACACUGCUGGGCAAGAAGAGUACGACCGCCUGCGACCGCUCUCCUACCCAGAGACCGACAUCAUCUUUGUUUGUUUCGCCAUCGACUGCCCCAACUCGCUCGAAAACGUCAUGGACAAGUGGUACCCCGAAGUCCUCCACUUCUGCCCCACAACGCCGUUGAUGCUGCUUGGUCUCAAGUCAGAUCUGCGUAACAAGCAGAACUGCAUUGAGCUUCUCAAGACCCAAGGUCUCACACCAGUGACACCCGAGCAGGGUCGUGCCGUCGCCAAGAAGAUGGGUGCUAUGUACAUGGAGUGCAGUAGUAAAGAGCAGGAUGGUGUCGAGGACAUUUUUGACACUGCUGUUACAAUUGCCGUUGGCGACGAGUGGAAGACGCCAGCAGAUAAGCGCACAGAUACCUCCUCCAGACCCGCCGCAGCUGGGCAUCACCGGACCAUCUCGACCAUGUCAGACCUACCUAAGAAGAAGAAGAAGGGCAGUAAGGGGUGCACGAUCCUCUAAACGUGCCCUCUGCAAUCGAAGGAACGGCUAUCUCGACACACGACGCUGGACGACACGAUCAAGAUGCUUAAUGCCCAUCUCAUCACGCCUUCGAUCCCUUUUUGCAUACUGGUAGCAGCUCCCACCGCCAUGCUGGUCAGCCGCUGCUACCACUUCUGUAGCCUGCUACACGUAUAUGAUUGACGGCGUUUCUGGCUGUUUUUGAGCGAUAACCUGUACGACUGGGCUUCGACCUGAAUAGUCUACGUGUGCAUUUCACCUUCUGUAUCUGUAUUCGGUAUUUAGUUGGGCGAGCGCGUACCGCCACGCAUAGGAAUAAAUUCUAAACAUCUUCACAGACUUC